UAUUCGAGCAACGCUUCUAACGUAUCGCCAGCUGUUAAAGUUACGUUUGUUUGAAAUCAAACGGCAACUGAAGUUUGUUCGGUUGCUUGGAGCUUCAAAAUUAGAUCUGCCAUGUAUGGACAAUAGACUUGGCUGUAACAAGAAAAGGGCAUGUUAAGUGUCUAAAAAAGAAGAAUAAUACCUCGGGAAGAAGAAAUAUUUGAUUAAUAUAUAUAUAUAUAUAUAUACAUAUUUAUAUAUAUAUAUAUUUUUUACAUAUAUAAGUGUAACACUAGUAGAAAAUUCAAAUCCAAAUAAUGGCCACGAUUCGAGUACACGAGGAUCAAGAAAAUCGUAUUGCCGAUAUUCGCCGUGGUAAAGAGAAUAUCACUAUACCUCUUCAAACUAAAACGCUGCAACAAUCAAAACGUGCAGUUCUGGGUGUUAUUCACAAUAAUUGCAAUCGCAAUUCGAAAGUGCAGGAAAUUUAUAAAGAUGAGAAGCUUGCAAAGACAAAAGCAUUUAUUCCCACACAGUUUGAACAAUUUAAGAUCUAUGAAGAGAGAAAGGAGGAAGUUCUAUUUAAGAUAUAUGAGGAUAAAUUAGAAGAAGAAACUUCCGUUGCUUUGAGGGACACGAAGGACAAAAAAGAGCAGAAGGAUAAACAAGAUGUUGUGCCUGAAAGACAGAAGCCAAGAUUAGAGGUGAAUCCUAUAAAUAUAACGAAUUUGCCAACAUUUUGCAAUGAUAAUAUUCAAAAUGUACACCAAAAGAAGCAAAAUGAAGAGAUUUUUCAACAUGAUAGUCCAAUGUCUUUGGAGAAAACUGUUCCUUACACAUCUUCUUCAAAAAAAGAAUUACAAAGAAGACAGUGUUCCACGAAGGAAAUGAGAAUGAGCUUUUUUGAUGUGAAUGAAUAUAGGGCUGAUAUAUUUUAUUAUUUACGUGUUACAGAGACGCAACAUAGACCAAAACCAGGUUAUAUGAAGAAGCAACCUGAUAUAACAUACUCCAUGAGGUCUAUACUUGUAGAUUGGCUUGUCGACGUAGCUGAAGAAUAUCAAUUACAAACUGAGACUCUCUACUUAGCUGUUUCAUAUAUAGAUCGCUUUUUGUCAUAUAUGAGUGUUGUAAGAGCAAAGUUACAACUUGUUGGUACAACUGCUAUGUUUAUUGCUGCAAAAUACGAAGAGGUUUAUCCACCAGACGUUGGAGAAUUUGUAUACAUCACAAAUGAAACCUAUACGAAAAAACAGGUACUACGAAUGGAGCAUUUAAUCCUGAGGGUUUUGUCUUUUGAUUUAUCUGUUCCUACAACUCUUACAUUUCUUAUCGAUUAUUGUAUUUGCAAUAAUCUCCCUGAAAAAAUUAAAUUUUUAGCAAUGUACUUGUGUGAAUUAUCAAUGCUAGAAGGUGAUCCAUAUCUACAGUUCUUGCCUAGUCAUUUAGCAGCAUCUGCAUUGGCACUUGCACAUCAUACAUUAUUGGAGGAGAUGUGGUCACAGGAAUUGGAACUGACAACAGGAUACUGUUUAAAGGAUCUUAAAGAAUGCAUUAUAUUCCUAAAUAAAACAUUUUGCAAUGCAUUAAAUAUUCAACAACAAGCUAUCCAAGACAAAUACAAAAGCAGCAAAUAUGGACAUGUAGCAUUGUUAUUACCACGACGUAUCGAUUAUGUAACAUUGACAUCUGAAGAUGAAGAAGAUAAUGCUUAAUAUUUAACAAGCAUUGAGUAAAAACAUAGAAGAAUCAUUAAAUUUAUACAUACAUAUUUGGAGAUAACGAACCUCCCACAAUAAAUCCCGUUUGAAAAGAACAGGAGGGGAUUAAGGGCAAGACUGACCUAUUGUUUCACGAAUGAAAUGUAUGAGUUUAUUAUCUAUUAACACGUUGAGUUAGUAUACAUUGCCAGAGCAAACAUGCUGACUUUACUCCACACGUUUCACUGUCACCUAUACUUAUUGUAGGUUGUAGGUAAAAAUUUUAAUAACGUUUUUAGAGCUGCGUCAUAUUAACGAAUGAAGCUCUAAAUUAUGUUAUUUAGGAAUUGUAUUUUUAUAAGUAUUUUUUAGACGAUUAUUAAACAGAACAUUUACUCUACAUACAUGACACCUAAAUUUUAUUGCUAGUGAUCUGUCAUAUUAAUAGGAAAAAUGUAUGAAUAAUAACUGUAUUUAUUACUGACAUUGUACUAGAAAUACACUUUAUUAUGAUGGAAACAUUUCUACGCGUGAAAAUGAUUGUGACGUUUGCAUGUGUACGAGAAUCGUACAAUUAUUUAUUUACAUUACUCUAAACUAUCAUAAUGGUCAUGUUUAUUCGAAUACAAUAUAUUCUACAAAUAUUUUGUAGGUCAUGCAAUCGAAUUAAUUUAUAUGCAAUUUUUCAAAAUUUAUUGCCGUAUAGUAUAAUUUAGUACUUGGUACUUGGUAAUAUAGACAGGUCUAUAUAAUAUCAUGUUUUUUGUUACGAAACCAAUUUACAUAAAGUCUCCGUUGAAAAUAGUUAAUAUAUAAGAUAUAAAAUAUAUGAUCCAUUGUAUAAUACGUUUGACAAAUACAUAAUUGAAAUUCUAAAUUAAAA